AUGAACGAACUAAACUCUGCGCACCUGUCUAGUAUUACUUUCAUUAAUAGUAAUGGGGUGAUAAUCACUACUGAAAUUAAAGAGGCCAAUAAACAGAUCCAAGGAAAUAUCAUAAAUGACAAUGAAGGUAACUAUGCUUUCUGCGAUAAAGAUUUAGAUCAUAUUAAAAACCUUGUUCUUACCUUAAAACCAUUUCACCAGGAAUAUGAAGAUAAUAUUUUAUUUCGCAUAAAAAAAAAAGAAGAUAGAUACAGAUGUGAAUGGGUUCUAUUACUUAAAACGGUUAGGGAAGAUUUAAUAAAGCAAAAAAAUGGUAGCUUCAUUGACAUAAAUCGUAAAAAUGAUCCUGGACAGUUGCGUGAAGAACCGGGAAAUAUACGGGAAGAAUCCGGACAUGUAUGCGAAGAACCCGAACAUGUAUGUGAAGAACCCGAACAUGUAUGUGAAGAACCCGAACAUGUAUGUGAAGAACCCGAACAUGUAUGUGAAGAACCCGAACAUGUUUGUGAACCCAAAUGGGUUCAUCAGAAGGAAGACCAAGUAGAAGAAAAAACUUUUGAUUGUACUGAUAUAAAAGACAUUAUGGUCAAAUACGUUUACUGCAUCACCUACUUCGAUGAUUAUAUUAUUAGAUUAAGAAACAAAAUUGGCAUCGAGUACAAUUCCGAUAAUGACAAUUUUUUAAGUGACCUCAUUAAAAUAAAUAACGACUUAACGAGAAAGAAGAACAGAAAAUGCGACGAGUUUGUACGUGAAGAUGGUCAUAUAGAGGGCGAUGGUAAACUUAUUCACCAUCGUGACGGAAACAGAAGGGACGCGAAAGUAGGCUUACUGAACGGCGCGUUUGGCCUCACUGGUAGCAGCAUCGAUGGUGGAAAUAUUCUUUCCAACGAAAACUUAAGUGGCAAUAUUCUCAGCAGCGAUGACAAGCUUCAAAGUUGUGACCACUGCGAUGGCGUAUCCAACGCGGAUAUGACACCAACCAUCUCCGAUAACGAGGGCCUCGAAUUAAGGCAAGAAAUAUGUGCGAAGAACGGCUCGGCGAAGAACAACGCGGAGAAGUACAACUUACGCAAAGUGGUGAAUGGCAAUUCCGACGCCAACUCUAACGUCAGCACGUGCAUAAGCGCACGCGCCAACGUGUUCCCCAGCGUGAAUGCUGACAGAAACGCGGACUCGAAUGUUGAUAUGAAUGCUGAGUUGAACGUCCACUCGAAUGCAGUCUCGAAUGCCCACUGGAACGCCCACUCGAAUGUCGACUCGAACACCUACGCUAGUGCUUAUGUCAGCGCUGAGACAAACGUGGAUGUGAAUGCCAAUUAUGACUACAACAACGAGUAUACCUCACUCGAAUCGCCCAAAAUGGAAGAUACGCCCAAGGGACGAGACCUCCAAGCGGCUAUAAAAAAUUGUGAUGAGGAGGAGGAUGAUGAUGAAGAAGAAGAGGAGAGACACUUGAGCUUUUUUAAGAAACACUUUUACAACAAAUUCGGAUUUGAAAAAAGUAGAAAACUGAAGAAGAAAAAUAAAAAUACGAAAUCACGUACUUUUGCUGUGCAGAAGGAAAAUUAUAAUUAUUCUUUCGAAAAGGUAAAAGAUAAAAUUCGCGAGCUGGAGGAACCCAUCUCGGCUGUACAGGGUGAGGGGAGUCUCCCGGCGGACAUAAAUAUCCACGAUAGGGGUGACCCCCUCGAAAGGGGAGAUAACCACCAAAGGGGUGAUGGCCCUGAAAAAAAACAAAUCGACAAUAGUAAAAGUAGAAAUAGCCAUAGCAAUAGCGACGAGAGCGGGGGCGGCAAGGACGAAAGCGGUGCACCCGUUAUGGAGCGGGAAGUGAGCGGUGACAGUGCCGUUACCAAUGUACAGAGCGGCGCAGAAGAGAGUGCAAAUAUUUUAAAAAAAAGCAAUAAAGGAAAUAAUAUACUUGUGAACGUGGAUAAUUUGAGGAGAGAAUUAGCCAACUUUUUGAAGGAAAAUGAGAUAAACGAAAAAAAGGAAGAGGAAGCAGUUACAAAUAGGAACUCAAAAGAAAGGCAUCAUCACGUACGGCAUUGUAACAACAAUUCGGUUCUCCAUGAAAAUGUCCACAUGCUAAAUGAAAUUUCGACGGAUGCACUGCUAAACAUUUUUAGCAAACAGAAUUGCAGUGCUGUGAAGUACGAUUUUCUUCCCCAGGAGAAUUCACAUACAGGCAUCCCAUCAUCGGACAGUUUUCAAAGGUUCGUAGAAGACUCUGCAGAGAUGCACAAAAAAUGGGCACAUAGGAGCGACAGCAAAAAUGGCAUCAGCAGGAAUGACAACAGUAGAUGUGACAGCCGUAGAAAUGACAGUGGUAGAGACGCGAACAGCGUCCAUAGUGGCGGAGGCCGCAACGUGAAUCGAAGCGGACACGGCAGCACCGCGCAUCAUGAGAAAAACAGAGCCCGGGAAGGGGCCGAGCCAAAUGCCGACUUGGAGGAUGAAACCAACAUAGAAUUAAUCAAAUUAAUUCUGCAGCAACAAAUGAGAAAUAACUACAGUCUAGGCGGAGGAGAAAGAUCCAUCGAAUGCAGAAGCGAUAUGUUAAGCAAAUACGUGCCAUUAAACGUGCACAAAAAGGACUGUUGUGAUAAACGAUAUAAGGAGGAAGAGUCAAGGGAAAAUUUAUAUAUGGGCGAUAAUCUUGGGAGUGAUAGAAGGAGAAAGGAUAAAAGCUUCCAUUCUCAUCACUACCAUCAUCACCGCGACAAAUCGUUGGAAAAGGGAAAUGGCAGAUUGCCCAACAUAGCAGUAAGCGAGGAGGAAAAAAUCAAGGAGAUCUGCAUGAACGAAAACGAUCAUGUCAGUAACAAGAUCAGUAGUAGAAGAAUCACUAGCAAGGUAAUAAACGGCAAAGCCAUCAAUAGCAGCAGUUGCAACGCUACCGUGAGUCGUAACGGAGACGGUGAUAUUAACAAAUCGAAAUACGACUUCCGAAGCAGGAAAAGGAGGGACUACAAUAAUGAUCUCUCCGAUUACGUCCAUAACAACAUGGUGAAGGAAAAAAGAGAGCCCUCAGAAACUAAGGAUGAAAAGAGGUUAGCAGAUAACUCCCCUUAUGAAAGCAUCGCAACGGAUGUAAUAAAAUUUAUGCUCCAGUUUAACGAGAAGUGUAGGAUCGUGAAGACGAAGACAGAUAUGAACGAUAACACGAAUAAUACAGCUAUUAGUAAUGACAGCUAUGAGGGAAAUUACGCCAGUGAUGGCUGCGCAAGUAACGACUACAACGAUAUGUUAAACAGAGCCAUAUUAAACAAUGCCAUAGCAGAUUUUUUUAAAAAUAUACCCCGCCGUGAAAUGAGCCACAUAUUAGCAAAUAAAGGGGAUAUUUUUUCCAAAACUGUUAAUACCCCCAGAAAUGGAAAAGAUGAUAGUAGGGCACAGAUAAAGUGUGGUAAUGAACCCAGCUGCUGCAACAUGGCGAUGAAGGAACUUCAAUGGCAUUGCAGAAGUGCAUGCAAUAACACUAAUAGCAACAAUCACAUAAAUAACAGUUUCAGUAAAUCCAACAGCUUACGUAAUGACGACGAUGGUUCCCAUUUCUUCAGUCACCUGAACAUGGCAUAUAUAAGCUUAAAUAAAUUGUGUAAACAGGCCUUUGAUCACCAUCUUCAAAGCAGCUCUCCAAGAAAUGACACUGAACUUAGGUCCCCACAUUGUAAUAACAUCGAGAAUAUAAUCAAUUUGAUAAAAGAAGCAAUGAGAGGUAACUAUGAUGACGUGGGAAGUAUCCACAGUGGCUUACUGCACAGCGAAAGCAGCAGUAGUAACAAAAUAAAGGUAAAACAGGAUAUUAUGAGGAGGCACAUAGCACCCCCUUCGGCAGCUACAAUUGUUGGAGGUACAAACCACGAAGAUAAUAUUGAUUACGAUUUUAAGAACGAAAUGCUGGUAGAUAAGGCAAAAAGUAUCAUGGUGGAGGGCGGAAAAAGGAAAAGCGAUUACCCAAGUGGAAGUGGAGAUAAUGAAAACAACAUCAGAGAUGUCAACGAGAAUAUUGUGAGCAAUAAUAUGAUCAACAGCGCGAGAAGUAACAAACAGGCCAGUAAUGGCAGUAGUAAUAAUAGUGGCCUUAAGGGGAUUCACACCAAACCGCGCGAAGAAAUAAAUGCCAAAAAUUGCAGCAACGCGUAUUAUAGCAAUAACGACACCAAUGAUGGCAGUGGUAAUAGUGAGACAGAUAAUUUUAAUCAUGCGAGCGAUGUUCAUAACAACAGCGGGCAAGCCUUUAACCUCUCGGAAGAAAAUAUGGACCUAUUGUACAAUUAUUACCUGCAGGCUUGUAAGAACUGCAUGGCGCACACAAAAAAGGGGUUACAUAAUGAAAAGAGUGACGCGAUAGUGGGGGGCAUUGAGCCCGAGGGGUAUAUAAACUGUGCAAAUUGCUUCCACCAUGCGGGGCAUGCGAAGUCGAGUAAUAUGACCCUGGGCCACAGGAAGAGCAACAAUCUGCUAAGCGACAAGGGCAGCACCAAGUACGACACUAGCAUCCACAACAGCAAGGCACCAACAAGUAAGAAGCAUGACCCGAAGGAAAAUGCCAACUACACCAACGGCGGCGGCAACAUCAGCGCAAUUAACAACAUUGACGGUAAUAACAUCAUUGACGGUAAUAACGUCAUCGACGGUAAUGAUGAGAUCAGUCUGAGCUUUAGUCAUAAUUAUAAUAACACAAAAAGCGUCACGGAUCAAGUGAAUAGCUUCUUUCACAAUUGCCUUUGCAAUAUGAAGAGCAUGAACGACAUGGCGCUGUAUGACAACCUGGCCAGUGUCGAAAAUGAGAACGAUGCCGGUAAGGACAUUAGCGGUAGCUGCGAUAACCGCAGUAGCGAUCGCGCCAACAAGUGCGAUCGUGUCGGCAGCAGUAGCAGCCAUGACAACAGAGGUACCGGCUGUGUUAACAGAGGUAACAGCUGUGUCGACAGAGGUAACAGCUGUGUCAACAGAGGUAGUAGCCGUGUCAACAACAGUACGUAUGACCAAAUCUUAUAUCACAUACAGAACAGCCUCAAAAUUGGCAGCAACGCGAAAGGUUGGGACGAACUAUUGAACGAAAUCUUGAAAUCAAAUGAAGAGCAGCACCAACGGUAUCACAAGGGGAACGUCAAAGGGAACGAACUAAUUGAACUUAGCGCUCUGCAGAAUGUCCAGUCCAACAAUUUGUUAAAGGCAAUAAGGUGGAACGACGUGUUUGACAGUCAUACAGUGGCGGCAACUUGUGGCUCAGGUGGAGUGAAGGGUCUAAACCGGCUGAACAGUAUAGACCUGCUCAACAGUCUGCACCGAAUGAACAACGUGAACUGCACCAGAGACAGCGACAAAGUGGAAGCCUUCCAAAAAUUCGACAGCGACUUUAGUGCAGUGAUGAAGAGGUAUGAAAAUAACGAAAUUCCCAGAAACUAUCAGAGGAGCAUUAUGAAAAUUGUAGAAGAAUUUAGCAGCAAGAGGAACUCGGAUUUUCAUUCUUAUGAAGUAGGAGGCACUGGUGAAAAUUCCAGCGGGGAAUACACAGAAGAGGAUAUUUUGAAGGCCAUUUUGAUUAACAUGAUAAAGGAACUGUCUACUUCGAAAGGUGAGAGCUCCUUUCCCCGGGGGGCAUGUACGUCAAAGAGUGCCCGUGGGCGAAGCGGCUGCAUCGGAAACAGGCAUCGUGGGCACUCCCGGCAUAAUAAGGGCCACAUCAGAGAUGGAAGUCACGGGAUUCGCGAAGAGACCAAUCGGCACAGUAUCCACGGGAUUCGCGAAGAGACCAAUCGGCACAGUAUCCACGGGAUUCGCGAAGAGACCAAUCGGCACAGUAUCCACGGGAUUCGCGAAGAGAACAACCCGCACAGAGAUCAUGACAGGCAUAAUGAUCAUAACGGGCAUAACGGGCAUAACGAGCAUAACGGCCAUAACGGCCAUAACAAAUAUAGCAGACGCAACAGCCAUAGCAGCUGCAGCAGGCAAGCUAGCAGUGACAACAAUGGAAGCAAUAACGAGUGCAGCAGUGUCUUUACGUCCAAUUGUGACGGUAGAAAAAAAAAUUCAUCCAGCCAAAAAAAAAAAAAAAACACAAAUCAGAACAAUACAACAAGUGCUAACGCGACAUAUAGUUAUUUCCCCAACAGUAUGAACAGCAACAUCAGCUUCCAAACCAACGUAGAUGCCGUCAACAACAUAUACAAUAAUCUUGUCAUCAAAAAUAACAUAAGUAACUCCAAUAAUUAUUACAGUAACUAUUGCCAGAAUAAUUUUAUCAAUAUUAAUAAUUGCGGGGGGAACAAUUAUUUUUAUAAUAACAGUAGGGCCAGUAAAAGCGAGAGCAACGCUUUGGAAGAGGGUCAACUAAUGCCAGAUGACAUAAACAUACGGAGCAGUGUACCAUGCACGUCAAACAACAAUAUUGACUUUAAUGCCCCCAGCAAUAUAAUUAGGAGAUUACAGAAGCAGAAUAUUAGUGCAUUCCACAUGUCUGAGUUUCAGCACCCACACAGCGACGCGCUCUCCGUGUACGAAAAUAACAGCUGCGAUCAUAGCAAGCCCCGUGACGGGUGCUCAAUUGGUGGAAGCGCACUGGAUGCGAAUGCAAACGAUCCGAGUGCAAACGAUCUGAGUGCCAACGAUCUGAGUGCAAACGACCCAAGUGCCAACGACCCAAGUGCCAACGACCCAAGUGCCAACUACGAUAGCUUCAGCCAUGUCAAUGCGAAUGAGGUAAAUUCGGACCGACGCAGAAGCGACCAAUUCAGAAGUGACAUGCUACAUGACUACAAGAUGAACAUGAAUGAGGCCAACGCGGAUGACACGAACAUGGACGAAACGAAUAUUGAAGACCCAAACCUCUUCAAUGCAAACCUCUACGAGGAAAAUAUUUUCGAUGCAAACAUUGGAUCCACGAACAUCGGUGACGUCAAUCUUGACAUGGACAAUCUGUAUAGCGGCAAUGUGUACAGUGGAAAUUUGUGCGGAGGUGACAUCUACACUGAAGAACUCUACGGCGAUAACCUUUGCAGUGAAGACACUUACAGCGGUAACAUCUACAGUGGUGACAUUUACACGAGUAACAACUUCAACCAAACCGAUAACAGUGACCACACCAACAAUGAUGAGGCAAACGACGCUGAGGCCAACUAUGACGAGGCCAACUAUGACGAUGCCAACUAUGACGAUGCCAACUAUGACGAGGCCAACUAUGACGAGGCCAACUAUGACGAGGCCAACUAUGACGAGGCCAACUAUGACGAGGCCAACUGUGACGAUGCCAACUACGACGAGGCCAACUAUGACCAGGCCAACUAUGACCAGGCCAACUAUGACCAGGCCAACUGUGACGAGGCCAACUAUGACGAGGCCAACUAUGACGAGGCCAACUGUGACAAGGCCAACUGUGACAAGGCCAACUGUGACAAGGCCAACUGUGACGAGGUUAACUAUGACGAGGUCAACUAUGACGAGGUCAACUAUGACGAGGUCAACUACGACGAUAAUAAUAACAAUACGACUAACGACAUGCAGGAGGACGAAGAAACGCUGCUCGUACAAGGGGACACUAUCUUGAUGCACAAGGAGGGAGAAGAUGAGGAAGCUCAGAAAAACGAAACUCACUCCAACCUUAACGAAGAGCAUGCAAAAUUUGAUCAAUUCAAAAUCGUGCAAAUGGAGAACUGGGAAAAUAAUCUCAAAGGAGGCAACAUUUAUGACCAUGAUGAUUUUUCCCAGAUGGAAGAAAUGGGCAUUUGGAAAAAUGAAAGCGUCAAGGAUGAGCAGGGCAACGCGGUUGCGGAUACGAUACAUCCCAGUUUUGAUUACAGCAUUCGCAAUGUUGACUAUUCUGAGGACAACGCCCAUUAUCCUCGCGAGAACGGCGAUAAUUAUGGCGGCAACGGGGAUUAUUAUAGCAGAAACGGAGAUUAUUAUAGCGCCAAUGGAGAUCAUUACAGCGGCAACGGAGACCGAUGGAACGACAAUUUGGAUGAGAGUGGCACCAAAGUUGAGUACCAGCCUGACGACCACUUCCACGCGCCAAGGUCGGGGGAGGACGAGGCGAACCCGAGCAACGGCCUACCAAAGAUGAUGAAGAAGAUGGAAUGUUUCGACGAGUUUCAAAUGAUGAAUAAAGAAAAAUAUGCCUUCAUUUUUAACUCAAAUGUGGAAGAUUAUUAUGUAUCCGUUUCUGAUGCAUCAAGUUAUGCGCACAGUGGUGGCGUGCUGGAUGACGGCAGUGACGAGAAGCAUAACGUGCCAAAUGGAUUAGACGCAGAACUGAAGGAGGAAAAAUAUAUCACUUUAAGGGACACACUCUUGGAAAAGAAAAGAAUCCAUAUUUUUCACGAUCCGAUUGUAAGGAACCUUCACCAGGCGGAUGAGACGAAUGGCUCACUGUCCAUGGAUAUAAAAAAUUUAACGCAGAGUGAUCUGAAAGAAUUGCUAUUCCAGAAGAUGUGGUACAGGAUCGCCAUGAAGAGGGAGGAGCAGGAAGAAAAGGAAGAAAAAAAAGAAGAGGAGAAGGAGCAAGUAGAGGUCGAGAAGAAGGGAGAAGAAGAAGUAGAAGCAGAGGAACCCCCGCAGCGUCAACCGAUGCAGCAUGAAGAACGCCAAUCGGAGAGUAGAAACACCCCCGCAACGAAAGAAAAGGAUAAGAAUCCCAUGGUCCAAGAUUUAUACUACGAUGAUAUGAACACAAAUGGGAAUAGAAAUAGAAAUGCAAAUACAAGUGCAAAUGGAAGUACAAAUGGAUGUGCGCAUCCAGAAGUGACCAGCAGAAGCAACGUGUACAAUAGCUUCUCAUCGUACAUCUCCCUGAAUAUAAAUUUCUUCUGUCUGUUUGACGAUAUGUACGAUAAUUUUUUUAAAGAAGAUUUUGAGGAUCGGGAAAAAAUGCUGAAAAUUCUCAACCUAAAUAGGAAUCUCUGCUACAACCAACUGCUCAUGUUUUAUAAGAAGAAAAUAUUCUUCGAGUGCAAAAAUGAGAAGGAUUCUAAUCUUUCUUUGGAUUGUUUACCUGCCUAUGACGGUUCAACCCGUAGCUUAGAACAGGCCAAAGGGAGCAUCACUAACAGUGGCAGCAAAAGCAACUGCAACAGCGGAAGUAACCUCCUUCAUGGAAGAAGCAGUGAAGUGAUGCCCUACUCAAGUGAUCAGAAGAAUAAUACCAUGCCAGUGGACAAGAGCACUUCUUUUGAUGUCCCCAACAGUAAAGAUAACCUGGUCCCAAACGAGCUGUACAACGGGAUUGCCCAUAAAGGGGAUGUAGACACACUCAUUAAGAGUAGCAUGGAGGACAAAGAAAUCAUUCAGAACUCUGCUGGCCAGUAUGGUGUGAGCAAGGAAGAAUAUGCAGACUGUCCCCUCAUCCGACUUAAGGAAGAAAUGUUCUGCUUUAAGAAGGUAAUAAAUCAGCUGAGAGAUUUCCAAAGCAUCAUUAAUAACAAGAUUGAUCAGAAGGAUAAAAAUUACAUGGGUGAAGUAAAGUUUGAGGAUGAUAACCUCGAUUUAGGAGGAACAACUCUGCUUGGAAAAAUGGAAGAACUAGACAUCGAUGAGAAAAAGCGAAGAAGGGGAAGCAUCCCGUUUGACGCUGUCACCAUCAACGAAAAGGAUUACCAAGGUGUGGUAAAAGACGAGCUGAAGUUUGCACAUGGAAUGGUGCAGAAAGGUCAAAGGAUGGAAGAAUACUACACCACAGCAGCUAUUCCGAGUGAGAAGAACUUGGUUCCCAAAAAAGUAUGUGACCAAACGGAAGAACAGAACAUCAAAAAUGACAUCCCUUUUAAGGUUGACGAAGAAUGCAAGUCCGCAUUGAAAAAUAAAAUAAUAAAAUCGAAAGAGGAGAAGGUGAAGUGUGAUACCAAGGAGAAGCUUGAGGAAGGCAAAAGGAAUGUGGACGCGUAUGACGGAUAUGUCAGUGAAAAUUCGUUUGACAGCGACCAUGCCCAUGAGCUGGUAAAGUGUGUGCUACAGUCCGGAGUAGAGAACAGCUACAGUGCUGACAUAAGUAGUUACCACCAUUGCAGUGGUGACUACGAUGAUGGAAGCUUCCACAUGGAGACGCACACAGCUAGAGGCAACGCACCCAUCGAAUUCGAAAUAAAUGUCGACUCCUCCAUGGAGGAAAACGACGUCAUGUUUAAAUUUAUAUAUCACAAGAUUAACUGCAUACGGAAUAACAUGUGGACGCAGAGCAUUGACGAGUUGCAGAAUGAAGAAAUGCAGGAGACGCUCCGAAAAUGUCGCAAAAGGGGCGGCAGACGGAGGGGUACAGCAUGUGACUCCGACGAUAGGUACACGGAUUACAAAGUGAUGAAGGACGAAAAGGAGCACUGCGGACAAGAGACAAUACUACCAAUGUCGAAAGAAGCAAACACACAUCUGACAGAAAUAAACAGGAGCAAUGCCAACGACAUAUACUACUUCAACAUUUACACAAAUCUGUGGGAAAACAUAGACCUGAAUGUGAGUCACAAAUUAUUGGAAUCACUACAGGUGAAAAAAAAAAGGAUUAAUAAAUACUAUAAUAAUAAUUCCUACCAAGACACAAAAUUUAUAACCUUCACCGAAUGGAACCUGUACAAUUUGAUCAUUUCGAAAAUUUACAGAAGCUUCGAUGUGAAGAAAUUUGAAAAGUACCAACUGAAGGUUUACAAUAUGAAGAAAUUCCACUAUGAGCUUAAAAAAAGAGGUACGUACAAUUUUGGUAUCAAAAUUAUUGGAGAUUCGAAUGGCAGAACAAGGGAUGAUGUUGGAGGCCCGUGUAGAGGAAGUAGAGGUGCCAAAGGCAAAGGGCACAAGAUCGAUGAGGAAGAUAAUAAUAAGAACAGCCGGAAGUGGAAAAAUUCUGAUGAUUAUUCAGACCUUAAUUAUGAUGAUGACGAUUACGAUGAUGAUAAUAACAAUAAUAGUAAUAAUGAUGAUGAUUAUUACAUGGAAGACGGAGACGAUGAAUAUCAGUUUGAGGGACACGAAGACUAUUUGGAGGAAGACGUCGAAGAGGAAGAAGAAGAACUAAUGGAUGACGAGGAGGGACCGAAGGAGCAAGACCACAACGAAUUCGAGGCGGAAGAGGACGACACGAAUGAUUUUGUAUUUAUAAAUGCGGGCGCAGUAAACUCCAGAGACACUAAGGAUACCAAGACGGGUGACAAUGUAACCCAACAGGAUGGCGAAAAGAACGUCCCAAUGAUAGCCAAAAAUUUUAGAAGAAGCAAAGGAAACAGUCAAAACAGCCGGAGUAGAACCUUCUGCAAAAGCAAGCGCCAGAACGGAAAUAGAUUAUGCAUUAGCAACAAGGAUUAUCAAAUGUAUAAUAAUAGUGCCGACCAGAAGGUUCCAAACGAGAUGAGCGAAGACAAAAUUACCAUAGUUACCAGCGAAGAGAUGGUGUGGAAUGAGAAAAUGAAAAAUGCAUUCUCCACAGGUGAGGAAAAGCAACCCCUGGAGGAGGGAGAAGAUACUAACAAGAGAAACACAGGCAUGUCUUUGAGAAGGAAGAAGAGAAACAGCGUGCUAAGCGGAGACUCAACAGAAAACAGUUCCAUUAAGGCCAAUAAGAGGAAAAACAAAAAGUUGAAAGUUAGCGCAAAGGUGGAUAUAUAUGCCGAAAAGGUGAUAAACCCAGGCGCCAUGCAUGUUAGAAGUGGUCGCUUAAGGAACGCCGCCGCCAGCAAAGGAAGUAGCAAUGGACACAGCCGAAACAGGAAAGUACAAGUAUUCAAAAAGAGAGUAAGUCGAAGAAGGAACUUCAACCCCUUGGUGGAUAAGAAAUCGAAUGUAUACCACCUGAUACAGCUCCCAGAUUAUGCAAGCCACAAGGAAUUGAUAAAAAGCAAAAAUGACUGUCUACCCACGUAUAUACUACAGUACGAACAAUUAAAGAAAAACGAAUGCAUCUUCUUUAACUUACAAAGCCAUUACAACAAUUUUAUUAAUAACGUGUACCAUUUUGCUGUCAGCUAUGAGCAAUCUUUGAGGCACAACGAGUACUUAAAUAAUACACUGAAUAAUCUCAAGGCCAGAUUGUACAUUAAGAGGUUGUGCCUUAAAAAGAAUGUAACCCUCAGGGAUAAUUUAUUCGAUGUGUGCAACACAUAUUUUAACGACAUGUACACUUACGACUCGGUGAGCAGUACGUAUGUUUUGUAUAAGACUAAGCAGCUAAGAAUGAACAAAAAAGAGAAGACAAUAGACAAUCAGGACUACUACAGCAUGUAUGUGAACGACUACCUUGAGAAUGAGUUGCUGAACAAGCGGAAAAGGAGCAAAAAGAAGUGCGAGGCGAAUGUGCUUUACGAUGGAGAUGCCACGGGGGUGAAGAAGUUGCCCCUUUUGUGCCACCAGGAAGAAGGCUACGAAGGGAGGGUCGGUUACUCAGAAGCCAGUGGUUAUCCACAGGGAAGCGGUUACGAAGUGGGAAGUCGUUACGACGUGAGAAGCGCUUAUAUUGGGAUAAACGACUGUGCUGAGCGGGAUGAUUCCGAAGAGGCAGCCUCAUACCAAGAGGUCUUUGCAUAUAAGGCGGCCAACCAAUACGAACUGGUUAACCAUUAUGGAAGUUCAUUCCAGAACGGGAAUGAAAUGGAUGACCAAGGGGAAAUGGCGCGAAAUGACCACAUAGAGGGAGGACGAACUAGCCACGAGGAUAGCAUGUACGUAGCGCGCAAUACAUACCAUAUGCAGAGUGUGCAGGUCCAUGAUAAGAACAGUGGCGAUGGAAGAGACGGCAACCAGGGAAACGUGGACUACAUGGGCGAAGACUACAUUAACCGGGAGAACUUCAUAAACUCCCUAAAUCGCGUGCAACGGAUGAGCAAUGGGAGCAGGGGCCACAUCCACGGAGCGGCAGAGCUCGCCCGCGGCGACCUCGAACUGUGCAGCCAGCUGAAGUACGUGAACUACUUUCUUGACAACGUACAAGACGAUCAUCAUUGCAACAAUGGCAGAUGCAAAAGUGUCAUGUCCUUCAGCGAACGAGCGAUCGAACAGGACUUAGGGGACAUGAACCACGAACCGGAGCAGGAGAACCAACACGAGCACGACUGGCAACGGGAAGAUCAGCGGGACUACCAACGGGAAUACCAACGCGACUACCAACGGGAAUACCAACGCGACUACCAACGGGAAUACCAACACGACUACGAAGAGGACUACCAACACGACCAGGACGAGCACUUGGGGGGAACGAACACCUUUAAGCCAAAUCAAAACAGGGCCUUUCCACUCGAAGAAUUAAGCACAUACAGCAAUCAUUUUGACGACGAAAAUGAUAAACCCCAUUUUAAUAAAACGAAUGGACAUUUUUUUAACUAUUACGAGCAGAAUGACCAUAACAAUGAUGACCAUAGUGACAACAAUAAUGACAAUAAUAAUGACGAUAAUAAAGACAAUGACGAUGACAGUGACAAUAAGGGGAAUUUUUUCCAGGAACCCGAAAAUGGGAAAAAUAAAAAUUACAGCGCGAAUAACAAAGAGUUUUAUUUUAAUGGCAGCGUAAACCACGAUGACAUAAUCCAGUAUAUUGAUAUACAGUAA